UUCGCCAUUUUCCUCUUCUACACCGGUGUUCCCGCUGGCAGAGACGUUUUUGCCGUCCUCACGGUUCUUUUUUAGUAACCUGCCGAGAGGAGACGGUGGGACAGGGGACCCCCCCUCGCUAAGAGAAGAUAGUCUGCCCCCGUAGCGUUAUCGCCCCGAGAGAAGCGCGAGAAUGUCUUCUGAGGAGAGCCCCGAGUACUCGCCUUUCUUCGCUGUGAUGGGAGCCUCUGCGGCCAUGGUCUUCAGCGCAUUAGGAGCGGCGUAUGGGACGGCAAAGAGCGGCACAGGCAUCGCUGCCAUGUCUGUGAUGCGGCCGGAGCUCAUCAUGAAGUCCAUCAUCCCCGUGGUCAUGGCUGGUAUCAUUGCCAUCUAUGGGCUGGUGGUAGCUGUGCUUAUAGCAAACAACAUCUCUGAGAGAGUCAGCCUUUACAAGAGUUUCCUGCAUCUUGGCGCCGGCCUGAGCGUGGGCCUGAGCGGCCUGGCAGCUGGGUUUGCCAUCGGCAUCGUGGGCGACGCGGGCGUGAGAGGCACCGCUCAGCAGCCCCGGCUCUUCGUGGGCAUGAUCCUGAUCUUGAUUUUCGCCGAGGUGCUGGGGCUCUACGGCCUCAUCGUGGCCCUCAUCCUAUCUACAAAAUAAGUGUUUCCAUUCAGCUCCCAUCUCAUUCAUUCCACACCGAAGCAGCAAGAACAAAUAGGAGAUUUUCACCUUCUUCCAUAACACCCUCUGGGUCUGACAGGAUGGGAUGGCGUGGAGAUAUGAUGGCGGUCAACGUUGACAGCUUUGGCCUCGGUAGAUCUAUUCCAUAUUGCUUUGAGCCGUCCAGUUUUGUCAGGUCUCGUGCGCACAGAACUGGCAUGAACAUGUACUGUUUGUUGUGAGAUGAUGUGUGGACAGUCUGCCUGAUAUAUCGUCUAUUCUUAAACUGUACAGUGAUCCAGAGUCCUCCUCCCCCCAGUAUACGUAGUUACCAGUUUGUGCUGUGAGUGUGAAUAUCAGCGUGUACCCCUCUCCACACCUCCCUCCUCUGAUUUCUCUGUUUUUCGUUGGUGGUUUUUAAUUGUCAUCCUCAGUUUCUGAGACUGCUGAAACGUUGUGAACACUAGUAUUUAUUUAUUUUCAUGUUCUGUUCGGGGGACCAUUCUUGAAUCUCAGAUAUUUUUUUUCACUAUUUAUGAAAAGAGAUGAAAAUUCUAAAAGUGUCUAAAUGGAAAAUUGUUUAUUAAAUACCCUAUAUACAUAAUAAUAUAUAAAUGAUCUGUGUAUAGUUAGAUUAAUUGCACUGUUGGUAAUUGUUCUAAGUGCUCGAGAUUCCUCUGGAUAUAGUGUGAUAAUUAUUGGAGGAUGUUCACAUUAAGAUGACAGUAUGUGAGCGUGAGUGGUUUGAGUGUGUAACGUCUGCAAGUGGAUUCAUGUUUAAUAGGACAUUCCCAAACACUAGUAUUGUUUAUCUGUAGUGCUGCUGUCUUGGUUCUUUUUUUUGGUUUUGUUUAUUUUCUGUUGUUUGUUUAAAGUGAGAGCUCACUGUUCAGCCAUGCCUGUCAGAUUUCCAAAUAAAACUCAACUUCCUCCAGAG